AUGGACAGUAGUCAGUCCAUGAAGAGAGAGGGGGAACCAGCCCUCUUCAGGGUGAGGACAGCUGCACAGCUGAUGAAGGUGAGUUUGGGGGGGGAAGUCUACAGAACCCCUCAAAAGAUGGAAUAAAUGGUCGAAGGGUACCAGAUGGGAAAUUCCCCGGGAAGGUACAUUUGACGCAUGGAGGUGGGAAAAAUUCAUCUCUGAAUUUGAACCACGGAUGCAGGCGUCAGAACUAGAGAUCGCACAGCUAUGGCUUCACAGGUUUAGGGAAGCAGGGCAUACAGAAACUGGUGUCUGUCCGGAAGAACCAGGUGAUGUAUACCUGGCCUCCAGAGGGAAUAAAAUAGGAGGAUCCGGUGUCAGAGGUGGAGGAAGCUCUUUCAGGGCUGACUCUACUAAGGCAGGAUCAGGGUCUGCUGGGGUUCCCGAACAACCAACAGUGGCUGAGAUAAGUAUAACUGCACCUGUCUCUUCUGCUAGUGACGUCACUCUUGACGUACCUUCCGUGUCUUCUAUAGCUAUGCCUCAGCCUCUUCCUCUCCCUUCCCCCUGCUUCACCCCAGCUCCUUCUGUUUCCAACUACGAAGUCUUCUCAACAGCCAAUUUGCAGACUAUCUGCAAAUCAAGGGGAAUAGACACCCGGUUAAGAAACAGGGCGGAUUGCAUCAAAGCGCUAGGAGCCACUGAUCAGACCCCUGCCCCCCAGCUAUACCAAGAUCUGAGGGACCUCAAACCUGAAGGUGCAGUAAGCGAGGUGCUUAAUCUAAGCCCACCGAUGAAGCCGGGUCAGCCCUUGCACUCUUCCCGGACCGAGGCCUAUCCAGUCAGGGUGCAGCAAUUUGAAGGUCCUCCUAACGCACAGGGGGAGCGGACCUUAGGGGAACGGGUAGUUUGGCAUGUCCCCUUCACCCCGGCAGAGAUCCGCACUAUUCUGGCUGAGCUCCCGGACUAUCGGGUCAAUCCGAGAUGAUUUGCUCGAAUGUUUGGACAAAACCAGUUCAGCUAUGGUAUGAGCGGGUCGGAUUGUGUGCAGAUCCUGCGGGCAAAGGUGGGCAUGGAAGUGGCCAGUGCAUUGAUUGCAGGGUGCUCUAUAUAACCACUCAUGAGGAAAUGACUUCAGGGGGCAAAGAGUUUUGUGCACAGCUAAAGGCAAAGCUUCCAGAAAUGCAUGGUGCUACCUCUACUACAGACAUGAUGAAGCUCACCCAGGGUCCUAAUGAGGAAAGCGCCUGCUUCUGGCGCCGUCUCAAGCAAGCAGACGGCACUGGAUGCGGAUCUGGAAGUUGGACCUGAUGCUCCAACUGAAGGGGGUAAAGGUGACCGCGACGCACAUUCUGUUGCGGGCCAAAUUUUUGGAAGGCAUCAAUAUUAAAAUUCGGGUUAAAGGCUGGUUCUGGCCCGACCCGAAUAUAAUGAGAUGUCUAUCCCUGCUAUCCUUUCCACUCUUGCGGCAAUAGAGAGGGAAAUGGAUAGGAGAAAACAGGACAAGGCCAAAGUUCUUGUGUCCCAGACCCCACACGAAAAACCAAGGGAUCUGGGUCACAGGAAGGAUAGGCCCCCUCCCAGGUGCUUCCAGUGCCACCAAACGGGGCACGUGAGGAGGAGGAGCUGUCCCCAAUUACCUAAAGGUCGGUGGCAGUUCAUUCCUGAUGAGUCCCUCCGCCCCUGUCACCACCAUGGUAAGUAACUCCUAUGAAUCCUCAUAG